AUGAUACCCUUUAUAACUGUUGGAGCUGCCCCAGGACGCGAGGCCAACCGAGCUCCUCGCUUCGGGCGGGGUAUCCUCCGCUCAUCGUAUAAUUGUCAGACAGGGUGUCUCCUACCCCCACCCCUGUCCUUUCUGGAACGAUCAGACGAUCCCCUCAUACUAUUUGUUCUAUCCCUGGAGGGAAUUCCAUACAAUGGCAGUACAGAGCAGCUCACUGUUCAAACAUGGCAUAACAUCCAUCUUCCAGCGAGAUCUCGCUCUGAACCAAUACAGACUGGCUCGGUUUGUCCGGAGCGAGCCGAUACCAUCCACUCUGUUUGCCCAGACAGAACCCCCGAUAAGAUAGCCGGCGUGCGCCCCGGAGAUAAGAACAAGCCGAGACCGUCCCGAAGCACUUGGCUCCCACAAGUGGGCCAGCAGGUCACUGUCAGCGAUAGCGAGCCAGGCCCCUCUAUUAAGUCCCACCUAUCUCUAAUGCUUCUAGUCGAUAAAGCUAAUUCUAAUAUUCACUCCUCAAUUAGGACUCAUCAAGUCGUUUGUAAAAUGAAGAAUUACGCUCACUCAAACCAUAGUCUACUCACGCACAACGUUAAUAUGGCCAACUGUCUCUGUGGCCAAGUUUCUCUCGAGUUCAUUCCAUGCGAUUCUUGA